AGCUGGCCUCACACUGGGCCUUUUUUUCACGAGCAGCGAGCCGUUGCUGCCGAGAAUCGAAAACCGGGAGAUUUUUGCUCGAGAUCUUUGCUUUCCGUCUUGUUGGGAAGCAGCAGCCGCGAACAACGAGCGACAGCGUAGUGUAAACACACAAGAUGGCUGCUGCUAACAGGACGUGCUCAGGAACUAUGUCUCUUCCCACACAAAGACAUCGGUAUGUGUGGACUUCCUUUGCUCUCCAUGGAUUAUUAGAAAAAGUAAGAGAGUUCCGAGUGUUGUGGGAUCACACGGAUGAACUUUUUAAGAAAACUACGCUUAAAAAGUGCAAAUGGGAGGAAGUCACGAGAGCCCUGAAGUCUGAAUUUCCCGACCUUAGCGAUGCUGGCUUAACUGCAGAUGAUGUCCAAAGAAAAUUUGGCACGCUGAAGUCGACUUUUCAGCGGGAAUUGCGCAAAAUCCAGUGCACACCAAGUGGGUCAGCUGGUGCCGUGGAGCCGAAAUGGGAGUAUUUCAAGAGCUGCUCCUUUAUGAUUCCAGUGAACAGUUGCACUCCCAGAAGGACAUCAUUUGAUACCUCUGAACCACAGGAACCAGAGACUUUAGUGCUUUCAAUAUCAAGUGAACACUAUGAAGAGGGAACAUCCAAUAGUAAUUGGGGUGAGAGUGAUGGUGCACAACCACAGGUGUGCAACAUCCCAGACCUAACGCCACCCCAAACACGGUCUACUUCAUCAUUGUCCGUGCAGAGUGACAGUUAUUUUGAUGGAACCCAUGCAUCUUACUUCCAUCCUCCUUCCUUUCCUUCCAUUUCCCAGAGAUCAGAUACAAGGGUAAAAAAGAGGAGGAAAUUACAAUGCUCAACAGAAGGUGAACGUUUUGAUAAUAUUUUGGAUAAAGUUGAUUCUAUUCUGAAUGAACCAGAUCCAUCAUGUGAUCCCGUUAUUAAAGCAGCCACAAAUCUUAUAACAGGUUUCAUGGCUCCCUUGUCUAAAAACGAAAAGAAAGCUGUGUACUUAAAGAUUGUUAAAGUUGUGCAAGACCAUCCUGUUGAUUUUGAUAAUUUAGGUGAUUAG